GGGAUUCCCAACCGAAAGUCAGUCCAAUUCAAAACGAGCAAUUCUUCAUCUGCAUUACUCUUCAUUCUUUUCAAUUAGAAUUUCGCUCCUCUUCUUUUUUUUUUGUUUUUUUGGUCAGAUCCCCUUUUUUUCUAUUCAGUCUAUCACUUUCAUUGCCCAAUCACACCAGUCCAAUACAUAAGAUAAAAGAGCGUGUUUAUUUUAUACAGACGACAAUAACAAUCAUAACGCAUUUAGCCUCCCAAAUUUCAAUCAUCUCGCAAGCCGCGUAUCAUACACUCCUUAUACCCCCCCGUUAUGGCCAAUUAUAACGACACGGGCAAUGGCCCUAAUCGCUAUCAACAGCAUCAACAGCCUCAUUUCGACAGUAGCCAGUAUUACCAGCAAGAAGAAGAGGAAGAUUUCUCUCGAGAGCAUGGAAGUACCUCAGCCUCCGCAAUGGAACGCAUGACUCCACAACAACGUCGCCAGGAGGAACGUCGUCGACAUGCCGAAUCAGCUACUUCGGAUGCUUCGGCAGCACCGGCAGUGGCAGCAGCAGCAGCAGCAGCCGGAACGGGUGCUUCACCCUGGUUGAGCAAACAACAACAAAAAUCUGCCAAAUUUAAAGCUAUUUCUUGUAGUGUUCUUGUCUUCUUUCUGCUAGCCUUUACCGGCGUUCUCGCCUGGUACUUUGCAGUUCACAAGAAGGAUAGUAAUAGCAGCGAUAGCAGCAAUAGCAGCAAUAGCAACAAUGGCAGCAGCAAAAACAAUAAAGGACCAUCAGGAGGGGAGCAUGCCAAAGGACCUACGGUCGUAACACCCAAUGGUACAACUAUUCCUAAUGAGAAUUACGAAUUCAAGCGCGUCUUCUAUGGCAUGGCUUAUGUCCCCAUUGGUGCGCAGCUGCCUAAUUGCUACAACACUCAACAGUCUAUGGAUGAAGAGCUUCAGCUGCUUGCCAAGACUACACGACGUGUGCGUCUAUAUGGUACAGACUGCAAUGUACUCAAGUAUACACUCGAUUCGAUUUCUCGCCUAAAACUUGACUUGAAGGUUGUAGCGGGGAUCUGGAUUGACAAGGACAGUGCUACCUAUAGACGUCAGCUCAAUGAGUUUGUGAGCAUGGUUUCGGCCUAUGGUUGGGACAACAUCAUCGGUAUCUCAGUCGGGAACGAGGUUCUCUUUGAUCAUUACCAGUCGCUUGAAACGCUUAUGGCUCAUAUCAAAGAGGUCAAGGAUAAAGUCACUGCUAUGGGUCAACCCAUGAUGCCUGUUUUCACCUCCGAUCUAGAGAAGGCGAAUAGACCUCCGUUGACGAACCAUGAGGAUAAAGCGGGUGUGAACUUACAUCCGUUCUUCUCGGGUGCUCCUGUCUCUGAAGCUGCCUCUUGGUUCUGGAAAUAUUAUGAACAAUCUGUCAAGCCUGCUGUCAAUGCAGGCAACACUACGCCCAUCGAUAUUUGGAUCACGGAAGUUGGCUGGCCCACCUUCCCUGCCAAUGCCAAUGUCAACGCGUCCAUCCCCUCUAUUCCAAAUCUUCAGACUUUUAUUGAUACAUGGCUAUGUGAUGCGAAUGCCAAGAAACUCCCCUAUUACUAUUUUGAAUUCUUUGAUGCUCCUUGGAAGGUCUGGCCUGGCCAUGCAGUUGAAGGAUUCUGGGGUCUACUCACUAUCGACAAGAAACUUAAAGUCAAAUUACCUGAUUGCCUUGCCAGCUAGACUAUUGUACAAAAAAAA